AUGCCCGACGCCUCCGCCUCCAAGCGUAUUAAGGCCCUCACCAAGGACAACUAUGUGUCCUGGGCUGUGGACUUCAGUGCUCUAGCUCGCUCCAAGGGGUUCUGCAGGCUUUUGAAGGGUACUGAGACGUGUCUUCAGGAUCCUGACAAGGCUGAGGACUGGGAUACUCGCCAGGAGAAGGCAGGUGGCGAGCUCAUGCUCUCCCUGUCUGAGGAGCAGCGCAUCCAUGUCAAGGGCAAGGAGGAUGAUCCCACUGCUAUGUGGGACGCUCUCCAGGCUGUCCAGCAGAAGAUCCCUGGCACUUGCUCCAACACUUUCGACGACUUCUUCGCCCUUAGGAAGCGCCCUGAGGAGUCCCUCAGCUCCCUCAUUGCUAGGGUGGACACCCUCUAUGCCAGGAUCAAGGACCUUCGCCCUCCUGCCUACACCCUCGACUUUCUGGACCAGGAGCUGGCCUGCAUGGCGCUCAUUCGUGCUCUCCCUGAGGAGUACUCUCACUUUGUCUCUGCCCUCAUGCUCCAGUCCACCCUGGACAAGGAUGCUGUGGUGCAAGUGUUCAUCCAGGAGGAGAACAACAGGACUCGACGCUCUACAGCGCCUGUGGCCUCCUCAGAGGCUGUCCUCGCCGUCUCGCUGGUGUAG